AUGCGCCGCUCGCCAACGGUGACAGUCUUGCUGGCGGCAUGCUGCAUUUUGGGCUUUGUCGCCAAGUUGGGCUUCGUUGCUCCGGCGCCGCGGCACCAUCGCAGGUGGUUUCGGGUGGAAAUGGCCCGCGGAGCGGAGGCCAUGGAAGCAGCGGCAACGGCGGGGCUUGCGCCGAUGGACGCCUCGUUGCUCACGGCUGACCUGUCGCCCUUGGAGAAUCCCAACAUCACCUUCGUGGUGCUGCUCUCGAUGUUUUCCAUGUCCAUCGCUAUGGUGGUCUGGGGCCGCAACGGCUUCUGUUGCUGGCGGGCUGAUCCCUCCACGCUGCCCGCCAUGUCGACAGAGUGCCUGUUACGCUGCAACCAUGGCCAUCCCAUCACUGAGAUGGAGGAAACCGAGCAGUGCCGAAGAAGGCUGUAUAUUUUGGGGACCGUUUGCAGCCUCUGUGACCGCAAGAUCGAGAGCUGGCAGGCUCGAUGGCACUGCGAUCACAGCUGCAACUUCAUAGUGUGCGAUGAUUGCGUGACUCGGAAAUUCCUCGACCUUGCCAGCGAUUUGCAUGAGAUGAGCCCCUCCAGCAUCGCGCGGAAGGCGGGGCUGGUGCCCUGGGAGCUGCGGGGCACCAAGGAGUUCAACGAGCUGCGCCUGGCCUCGGAGCGCCCCGGCCUAGAGCUGCCGCAUGCCUUGGGCUUGGUGGUGACGAAGGCCGUGAACGUCCCAGAGCUGCUUCGACGCAGCGCCCACCAGACCCCGGUGGCCUCCGCGGCCAUCGUGGGCCCCAUGGCGGCGGGGGCGCUCUGCGGCGUGCCGGGCAUGAUGGUGGGCGCGGCGGUGGGCACCACUGUCUACGGCGUUCGGCAGAAGUGGAUGGAUUCGAGCCAUCCAGACGGUUUGUGCGACCCAGUUGUCCUGGUGGAGGUUCUCAGUGGGAAUGAGACUCUCGCAGCUGCAAGGUCCCAUGUGGUUCCGAGAAAUCGAAACCCAGUGUGGGAUCAAACUCUGAGUCUGCCAUCCGCGGAAGAGGGCGAGACGGAGCCUUUGCGGCAGCAGGGGUGCACGUGGCGCGCCGCAUUUCGCAGCAAAAACCGCAAGAGUACCCGACUGGCUGCAGCGAAGAACGUCCCUCCUGACAAGUGGGACUUGGAGAGCGCCACUCUCCGCAUUACGCUCUAUGACAGAAGCGUGGUGAGCCAGAUCAUCGGGGAUGUGAGUCUUCCUUUGCAGCAGUUGGUGGCGGACCGGGAGGGGGACUAUUUGGUCACGGAUGCCUACGGCGAAGCCGUCUUGGGCGAUGUGCCGCCGCGCUGGCCGUGCAAGAUUUCAUUGUCGGUGGUGGAGGAGUCGCUGCCAAAGACGUGGAACGUGCCGCCCGAAUCGGGGAGCGACCUUACAUCGUAUCCGAUGCACGUGUUCAUGAUGACGCGGGGCACCCGCGGGGAUGUGCAGCCCUUUGUGACGCUGGCGCGGGGGUUGGCGGAGACGCACGGGUGGCUGGUCACCAUUUGCACCGAGCUGACCCAUGCGGACUUUGUGAGGAAAUGGUCUGACGUCUCCAGGGGCCGGAUAAGAUUUCGGCCGAGCGGCGGGAACACCGAGGCAAAGAUGGACACGUUCGGCUCCCACUUGCUGCUAUCCACCCGCACGGAGUUUCUUCAAAUGAUCGCCCUUUCGCGGUCGGAAGCCGAAUUCUUCUCCAGCGCCACCGUGUUCGUGGAUGAGGUAUUGGCUGCGGAGAAGGGGCCUCGACCUGUGGACCUCAUUAUGUUUGGCUUCACUUUGGCUGGCGUUGCCGCUCUUGUCAGCGAGUACUGCAAGAAGCCCCUCAUUGGUUUUAUUCUGCAGCCCAGUUGUAUUCCAAGCACAGACCAGGACUGGAAGGCCGUGAUGGCCAUCGAUGGCGCGGAAGGUCACAGCCUGCUGGAUGCCAUUGAAGAGAUGGCCUUCACAUCCCACAACUCGCUGAAAGUUCUCAAGGAUUUGGCGGAAAAGAAUCCAUUUGCAUCAAUGAACCUCAACAAUCUGCGCCUCAUGUUUGGCCUCGGAUGCGUGGACGACACCUGGCAGGCGCUACUCGAUGCAAAGGUUCCGAUCAUCAUUCCGAUGGCUCCGGGUACUUUUCAGCGACCUGAGGACUGGCCGGAGAGCAUCAUCCAGACGGACUUCCUUUUCCUGCGGCGCAAGGAGGCAGCCGCCGCGAAGUCCAGGUCUCUGGGGGAUGCUGGCACCUUCAUCAGCAACGCGAGGAAAGCAGGUGCAAAGCUUUGCCUCAUCAGCUUCAGCAGUAUGCCAGUGCAGCGCCGGACCCUUUUGCGAAUCAUUCUCAAGAUCAUCGCAGAUUGCAAGUUCCCGGUGCGCGUGAUUUACGUGGGCCGCAUCGAGCAAGGGCCAGAUGACUUGGAAGAAGCGGCGAAGAAAUGCAAGGAGCUGCAGACCUUCUUCGAAGCCAAAGCGGUCGACUUUGGUUUGCUGUUCCCUGAGAUAGACUGCUUCAUCGUGCACGGCGGUCUUGGCACAACGGUCGAGGCGUUGCGCACUGGAAAGCCAACUUGUGUCAGCGGCCCGCUGCUGAUGGAUCAGCGCUUCUGGGGCUACGCUUGUCAUGAGAAGGGUGUCGGCCCCAGGCCCGUGUUCAUCACCGACUUUGAAAAGCAGUGCGUCCACUACGUCGACAAUGCACUGGAUCCGGAAGACCCCGAGCAUUGGCAAGCCAAUGCCAGAGACAAUCAGUUUGCAGGGUCGGACGAUGAUGGUGUGGAAGUCAAUGUGCGGUGUGUCAAGGAGUUGUCUGACCUGAAGCUGUUGCUGGCGACGAAGCCGGAGGCGUCGGACGAGCAGACGGCUGGGCGCAGCUGGUUCUGUUGCGGGGCUGGGCGCGGCGUGUCUGAGCCGGAGCGGCUGUCGGAUGUUAUGACGCCAGCCAGGUCCUCAGAUGCCAGCCUCCUACGUACAGGGUCAGAACCUCGGAAGACCGCGGCCUCCCGCUGGAGACGACGGGCGAGAAGUUCGCCUCCCAGCCAGGUGGCUCGCCUCAACGAUGGAGAGGUCGGAGUCGCCUUAAACGCCAUCUGCGCCUUUGGCAGCACCUGCGAGAAAGGCGAAACUCUCUCAUCCAGAAUUGCGUCUUCAGUGAUUUGGUGAACCUGCUCCGGAACGUGAACGGGACCAAGACUUGCUGGACAAGCUGGAGACGCUCUCCAUUUGAAGCGUUUCGAGCAGGCUGAAGGUUGAACUCGCAAUCUCUUGUAGAGCUGGCACAGCGGGAAGCCUGCAGAACAAGCAUCUGGAUGAUUUCGUUG